AUGCGAGUAUCGCAACACCGGUCGUUGUGGCGAUCUUCGGGCAAGGCCUAUGUCCAGCAGCGGACGGCUGUCCAAUUAAAACAUAAAUAUAAAUCUAUGAAUGUAGGUGUCUACGUAUGCGGUGCGUCAGCUUCCGCAGGCGGUUUGACAGUGGCUUUGGGACGGGAAGCCGGCGGUGACUUCGCGCUAGAAGCUGGCGCUUUGGUACUCGCUGAUAAAGGAGUUUGUUGCGUUGAUGAGCUUGAUAAGAUGACAGCUCAUCACAGCAGUCUGUUAGAAGCGAUGGAGCAACGCCGAGUGAGUGUAGCUAAGGGUGGUGUAGUAUGCAGUCUUGCCGCUCGCGCUACUGUACUGGCUGCGGCGAAUCCUGCUGGUGGCAGUUAUAAUAGAGCUAAAACGGUGGCUGAAAACCUGAAAUUAAAUUCCGCGCUGCUGUCACGAUUCGACCUGGUGUUCAUUCUUCUAGAUCAACCUGAUGAGAAAAUAGAUGCUAUGCUUUCGGAACACGUACUAGCGUUACAUUCUGGGCAGAAUAGCAACAAUUCGAAGAGAAGCAGUCUUAAUGUUAGCAUUGACACCAGUCAAAGUAAUCAAGAUGCUUCUUUGAGUAAACGGCUGCGGUUAAAACCUGGAGAAGUUAUCGACACCCUACCUCUAGUUUUACUACGGAAAUACUUUGCCUAUGCCAGAAGAUAUGUACACCCGAAACUAAGCAAUGAAGCUGCAAACACUCUGCAAAGUUUUUACUUAGAGUUACGUCACAAUUACCAAGAUGGCGCCGAUGGCACUCCUAUUACUACUAGACAACUCGAGGCCUGCAUAAGACUUACACAGGUAAACAUUUUUACAAGGUUUUAGCAACAGUAGAGCUCGUUGUGAAAGAGUUCGUCCAGGGAAGUAAAAAAAAAAGUAAAGGUGCUAGUGAAAUUACAGGUACAUGGAACCUCGACUACUUACGAGGUAUGUAAAUUAAGUAAUGAGACUGGCAACGUUGCGUUUGAUCUGGCAACAGGAA